AUGCAAAAACCCAAAACUCCAUUGCAAGUUUUAACAAAUUCUCUUAAUCUCCCCUAUCUAUUAACGAAAACUUUAUAUUAGCUGGAUUUAACUUUAAAAUGCCUAUAAUUAUAAUUUUUUUAAUUUUAUUUUGUUUUGAUUUAAAAACUUAAUGAAAAAAGUAAGUAGCUAAAAUAGUAUUAUAUUUUAAGAUAGAAAGGUGUUUUAAAAAUGUUGCAAUACAUUUAAAUAAAUAUUAUUUUAAAAAAUAGCUCAUUUAAAAUAAAUUAAACCACCUAAAAUACUUUUAGAAGCAAUCUAUAAUUUUUAUUCUCUAUUAAAGAAAUAGAGUUAAAGUUUUAAAUCUCGAACAGCCCGUUUAUAGAGUAACAUUUAUGCAGGCUUUAGCAGCAAGACUUGAACAAGCUAAACAUAAUGCUACGAAGCGUAUUACUAUUUUAACCAGAAAAUAUCGAAUUGUUACGCCUGAUCAUCAGCAAUCUCAAUCUGAAAAUUUGUUAUCAGAAGAUGUAUCAUUUAGGUUGCAGCAUAGAAAGCUUGAAGAAGCAAAGACUAAAAAAAAACAUCUAAAAAGCCAAUUAAAGCUUUUAGAUGACUCAAUCUCCUUCCUUGAACAAUCAUUGCCAAGUCAUCAAAGUCAUAAAAAAUUAAUAAAUGAGUCUGAAGAAGAGCACCAACAAAAAGUAAAAAAAUUCAAAGAAUUGACAAAAAGGCUCAACGAAGAAAAAUUAAAACGAAAAAUUGUGAUAGAAAAGUUAGAAGCACAAAGACAGGAAAAACUAAUUAAAGAGGCAGAAGAAUUGAUGCUGGCAAAACAAGAAAUGGAAGAAGAAGCAAGAAUUUUGAAGCAGAAAAAGCUAGAAGAAUUGAAAAUAAAAGCUCAGGAAAGAAAAGAAAAUAUAAAAGAAAUGCGAAAAUUUCUCAAAGAAUCCUCACAAAAAUCCUUUGAGAAACCAACUUUUCAAGUUUUAGAAGAAAAAUUCAAAACAAAUAUCGAGCUUCCAGAACUGGAAAAGCGAAAAACUGAGCUUGCGAAAAUUCAUCUGUUAUAUAGACCUUUAAGUCAUGAUGAUCUAGAAUGCCAUGCACAAAAACUUGAAGAAAUUCAUAAAGAAGCUGAAAAAAGACGUGAAAAAGAAAAAUCAGAGAAAAAAACUGACGAAAAAAUCGACGCAGCCACGAUUGCACAGCUACAAACAACAUCAUUAAUCAAAGCCAUAGAACAGCAAAAAAAGGAAAAGUUAGAAAAAGAUAGAGAAGCUUAUGAGAAAAAAAUAAUGAGCCAAAAACAAAGAAACUAUGCAGAAAUUGUAAAAGAAAUGUUCACACCAGUUAUUGAUAUGAAAAAAAGAUAUGAAUUAUUGAUGAAAAUAGAAAAAAGAAAGAAGGGAAAUAUCAUAAAGCAGGAAAAGCUGAAGGUAAAUAGAAGUUUAUCUGUCAUAAGACAAGAUACAGAAAUUCAUAGCCAAAAGAGGCAUUCCCAAGCAAAAAGUGUGGUGCCUGAGAUAAAGAAUAAAGCAAAAAUCGUGGACUAUCUGGCUGAAAGGAGAAAAUAUAGAUCAAAUAUAAGUGUGGAGUAUCCUAUUGGAGAAAAAGCUAAUAUAAAUUGGGAUUAUGAGAUGGAAAAAGGAAUAAAAAAUAUCCAAGACCAAGCGAGUCAUAUAGAAAAAUUAGCAAGAAAAAGGGAAAUUAUCGCCAAAUCAAUUACACCUUUGUACUCACAAGCAAUUAAUCUUGAAGAGCAAGUUAACGAUAUGCUAAUUGAGUCGGUAAGAGCAAAAAUGAAGCUUUUGAGUAAUCAAUCUUAA